AUGGGAUCUGACAAGAGACUACGCUUUGCCGUCAUCGGCGCCGGUCUGAUCGGGCCUCGCCAUGCUCAGACAGUCAUGGAGAGCCCCGACACGGAGCUCGUGGCCAUCGUCGACCCGCUCGAGAGCAGCGCUACGUUGGCGAGGGACCUGGAUACAGCUCACUACCAAAGCGUCACUGAUCUGCUGGCCUCGCCCGCCAAGCCAGACGCGGCCAUCAUCUGCACGCCGAACCACCUGCACGUCCCGCUGGCCAAGAAACUUGCCUCGGCCGGCGUCCACGUCCUCGUCGAGAAGCCCGUCAGCGUAGACAUCACCAGCGGCAAGGACCUCGUCCGACACGUCUCCGCCACGGGCGUCCGUGCUCUAGUCGGGCACCACCGCCGGUUCAACCCCUACAUGGUCGCUGCCAAGGCGGUCGUCUCGUCCGGCACGCUAGGGACGAUCAUGGCCGUCAACGGGCUCUGGGCCCUCCGCAAGCCGGAUGAGUACUUCCAGCAUCCCGCGGCGUGGCGCCAGACGGAGGCCGGCGGCGUCGUGCUCAUCAACAUGGUCCACGAAGUCGACCUGCUGCACUUCCUCUUCGGGCCCAUCACGAGCGUCCACGCCGAAAAAACGCUCUCGCAGCGCAGGUUCGAGGCCGACGAAGGCGCAGCAUUGACACUGCGCUUUCGGUCAGGCGUCGUCGGCAGCUUCGUCGUCGCCGACACAGUCGCAUCGCCUUGGAAUUUCGAAUCCGGGACGGGUGAGAACCCCAUGAUACCCAAGGCGGGCCAGGACUGUUACCGCAUCCUCGGCACCGACGGCAGCCUCAGCGUGCCGGACAUGACCGUCUGGUCGUACGGCACAGCCCCCAAAUCGUGGACGUCCGAGCUGGUGCAAGAGACGAUGCCUGUGGAGAAUGGCACGCCUUUUGAGCGGCAGCUUGAGCACUUUGUCGGAGUCAUCCGUGGCCAGGAGGUCCCCAGCUGUACUCUGCAGGCUGGCCUCGGGGCGUUGAUGGUCUGCGAAGCGAUCCGACGAGCGCUCAAGGACAAUUCGACCGUGCAGGUUGAGCAAUUUUCUCUGUAG